UAACAAUUUAGGUUAACAUGAUAAACGCGUCAGCUUGUGCUGAAAAAGGAAACCGGACACACAGGCAGGCAUAUUACACGCGCGCACCCCCCCACCCCCCGCGACCAGGUCAAAAGUUGACUGCCUGCCUCCCUAGCUUCCCCUCGGAUCGUUCUUGUUCCGUCCUGGCAAUCCUGAUUUUCCGCCGAAGGUAACAAGUAGCGUGUAGUAGGAGGUGGCGGGGGAAUUAGGUGGGGAUCGUCGUGUCCGUUCCCGCUGGCUAAAGGUCCGGGCCGGAUUUUGCACCUUGUCCCCGGGUCUGCCUCACGGCCUGGAGGAGCUGGAGCUGCUGCUAUGUUUAUUGAGCGCUCUUGUCCUGGUAUCACUCCGCUGGCAUGGAGGAGGAGGAGGUGGAGAGCACUUGAUCAUUGUGAUGGUGGCAGGAGGAGAAGCAGCAAGCAAAGCAGAGCGCCGCGCUAGUCUGCGUGUGUGUGUAGCAGCUCGGCGUACGUUUUGCAAAUACUUCAGCGAGCUACUUUUGCAGAUCGCCCCGGAUUGUUCACGUGUUGACUUCCCCCAGCUUGAGGAUUUGCUUUUUUUCUUUUUCUUUUUCAGGUUUCUGUUGAAAAAUACAACUGAACAGCCAGAGUACUUUUGCGAACACGGUGCGGCAUAAACACCCAAACUUUUUUUCCCUCCCCCCCGGAAAGAAAACACAAUUAAGAAAGCCGCUUUGCCUGUCUCCUGAUGGUGUGGAGCCCAAGUGCGAUGUCGAGUGUAUGCGUGCGAUGUAUGCCCGGUGUGUGCAUGUCUGUAGAUGUCUUGUGAGUGUGGAGAAGUGCGAGUGUGGAUAGAUUCCUGUCUAUUUGGCACGCAUGUGGGUGCGCGUCUCUCUCUUCCUCUGUUUAAAUACAUGGGGAAGACCAAGAAGGUUUUCGGUCCGGAAUUUGUUUUGGAAAUGAUGGAUUAUUUAAACGGGGGUCAGAUCUGAUCUUCCCUCCCUGGAGUUUGCAACAGAACUGCUGCUGAUCAAUUUGUUGGGAUUCCUCCUGUUUGUUGAUUGUGUCUGGCGAUAACCUCACAGCACCACCUCCUGGGUUUCGGCUGUUUAGAUUUUCUUUCGGGGGAGGGGGCCUCCCUUCCCGCCAGAGAGGAUCGGCAAGGAAGGGAGAGAGAAGGGUUUCUGUAUUUUUUUUUUAAAAAAACCCAAACAACCCCAAACAUUUUGCCUGGGAUCUGUUGUGUCCCUUUCCAUGGUCCGAUAAAGAGUAUCCCAACAGGAGGACCCCUGUGUUUGUGCCUGGUGUGUGGCGCCGGCAUAUAAAAGAGGGAGAAAAGUUCUUCCAAAAUAGUGUGCACGGAGAAGAGGAUGGGGGAUUUUCCAACCCCCGCUGCUGCCGCGAAUGGCAGCAGCAUUUGCCUCAACAAUAACCUGAGCAGCAGCCUCGGCGGGGUCGGUAUCGGCUUGAAUAACGCUCCCCACGGCCCUCCUCCCGGUAACAGCGCUACUCAUAGCGGCGGCGGCGGCACUAACGGGAGCAGCGGCGUUCCCAAGCACAGCACCGUGGUGGAGAGGCUAAGGCAGCGCAUCGAGGGCUGCAGGAGGCACCAUGUCAACUGCGAGAACAGGUACCAGCAAGCCCAGGCCGAGCAGCUGGAGCUGGAGCGAAGGGACACGGUGAGCCUUUAUCAGAGGACCCUGGAGCAGAGGGCCAAGAAAUCGGGCACCGGAGGCAGCAAGCAACAGCACCAGAGCAGCAAACAGCAACACGAUGCUGAGUGUGCCACGGCCGAGCAGAGGAACCACACGCUGAUCAUGCUUCAAGAGACGGUGAAGAGAAAGUUGGAAGGAGCACGCUCACCCCUGAACGGUGAACAGCAGAAUGGCGUCUGCGACAGUAGCUUCUCUCCAACUAGCAAGCGGGUACGAAAGGAUGUACCUGGGAUUGAGGGAAUCAACAACUUGCCCAGUAAUUUGCCUUUGCCUUCUAUUUCCCCUCUUCACCAGCUUGACAUAAAGCCAUCUUUGCCCCUGCAGAACAGUGGAGCUCAUGCUGGUGGUCUGGAUGACUUGGGUAAAAAUGGUGGACUUUCAGAGAUAAAACUCCCAAUUAACGGAUGCACUGAGCUUGAGGAUAGUUUUAACAUCCUGCGCAGUAACAGCAGCAGCAGCAAGGAACUUAAACAAGAAUCCCUGGAUGAUCCUAACUGCAUUGACAAUUCUGACACUUCACUUUCCAAUCAGAAUAAACUCUUUUCAGACAUUAACCUGAAUGAUCAAGAAUGGCAAGAGUUAAUAGAUGAGCUGGCCAACACCGUUCCAGAGGACGACAUACAAGAUUUGUUCAAUGAAGACUUUGAAGAGAAAAAGGAGCCUGAAUUUCCCAGAGCAGCCACUGAGAUUCAAGAGAGUGCAAGUGUUAAAAGCGACCCAUCUCACUCUCCAUUUGCCCAUGUUCCUCUUGGGUCACCCCAGGUAAGGCCUUCUUCUUCAGGUCCUCCAUUUUCAAACAUCCCUACAGCUUCUGGCAUACCUUCCAUCUCUAGUGCGCCCCCAGCUCCAGUUCUUGACAGCUCACCAGCAAACUGUGUGGUUCAGUCACCUCAGACUCCCAACCAAGCACAUACUCCAAGCCAAACUCAGUCAAGACCAGGCAAUGGUUAUCUCAUUAAUCCAACAACAGUGACAACAGGCUCAGGGCCUGGCCAGGUGGCUGUGUCCACCACUGACUUGUCUCCAGCUGAACAGCUUAAACAGAUGGCAGCACAGCAGCAGCAACGAGCUAAGCUGAUGCAGCAAAAGCAGCAGCAGCAGCAGCAGCAUCCAAAUCAAGCAGCUAGCUGGUCCCCGGUCGGGCCUCCAUCUAGUCCUUAUGGAGGACCCUUCAGCACAGAUAAGCCAAAUAGCCCAAUGAUGUAUCCCCAAGCCUUUAACAACCAAAACCCUGUAGUGCCUCCCACGGCAAGCAACACACAAAAGACUACGAUGAAUAACUACCUCCCUCAAAACCACAUGAAUAUGAUCAGUCAGCAGCCAAAUAAUCUGGGUACAAAUUCCUUGAGCAAACAAACCAAUAUGCUUUCUUACGGCAACACUAAACCUCUGACUCAUUUCAAUGCUGACUUGAAUCAAAGAAUGACUCCACCUAUGGCCAAUCCCAGCAAGAAUCCUAUGAUGCCAUACAUGCAGCAGCAGCAACAGCAGCAACAGCCCCAACAACCUCAGAUGCAGGCUCAAAUGACGCAUUUGAACGAGGAGCAGAAGCGCAUGCUUUUGAUGAAGCAGAAAGGAAUGAUGAACCAGCCAAUGGCUUAUGGAACACUUCCCUCCCUUGGUCAGGACCAGCACACAGUGGGAUUGUCUCGGUCCACCGCUCCCAUGCAGUCCACUGUGCCAUCAGGGUCCAGUAAUGUGGGCACAAGCCCAGUCAAUGCCAGUUUCUUGGGCAGCCAGCCUCAAGCCGCCCUUAUGAAGCAGAUGCUGAUUGAGCAAAGGGCCCAGCUCCAUAUAAUGGAACAGCAGAAGCAGCAGUUUCUAAGAGAGCAAAGGCAGCAGCAGCAGCAGCAAAUCCUGGCAGAACAGCAUUUGCAGCAGGAGCAGUCACAUUUGCCUCGGCAGCACCUCCAGCAACAGCAGCGGAAUCCCUAUCCUGUGCAGCAGGUCAAUCAGUUCCAAGGGUCUCCACAGGAUAUAGCAGCAGUAAGAAAUCAGGCAGCUCUUCAGAGCAUGAGGACUUCCCGAAUGAUGUCCCAGAACACCAGCAUGAUGACCAUGGGGACCUCGCAAAACACUGGAACAAUGUCUGCUGUGGCUGGCCAGUCUGAGAUGGGGAUGGCUCCCUACAACAGCCCAGCAACCAGCCAGCCAGGAAUGUACAAUAUGAACACAGGAAUGAGCCAAAUGUUGCAGCACCCAAACCAAAGUAGCAUGAGCCUGGCACACAACCCAGGUCAGGGGCCAAGGCAGCCUACCUCAACACAAGGGGUGGGCAUGGUCAGUAGCUUUGGGCCAAACAUGUUGGUGAACUCUGCCAUAUCUCAACAACACCAGCAGAUGAAAGGGUCUGUGGGCCAGGUUCUGCCCAGACCACAAGCUCCCAGACUUCAAAACAUGAUGGGGCCUGUCCCACAAGGAGCACAGAACUGGCAGGCACGAGGUCUACAAAGUAUCCCUGGGAGGACUAGCAGUGAAAUUGGACCUUUUAAUAAUGGUGCAGCUUACCCAAUGCAAUCUGGUCAGCCAAGGCUGCCCAAGCAACACUUUCCACAAGGCAUUAGUCAAUCCGUCAUGGACACAAGUGGAACAGUACGGACCCUGAAUCCAGCAAUGGGAAGGCAAAUGUUGCAACAACUCCCUGGACAACCAGGAACCAACAACCAAGCCAGACCAAUGGUUAUGCCUACAAUAAGUCAAGCAAUUCCCACUAUGACUGGUUUUAACCAGUCCACUGCACAACAGAUACCAGGAGGCAACUUUGCUCUUAGCAACCAAGGUCAGAUCUAUGAGAGGAAUCCCACUCAGGACAUCUCAUAUAGUUACAGUAAUGAAGGAGCAGGAGGUUCCUUUCCAAAUAUAGCAGACAGCACAGACCUCGUAGAUUCCAUCAUUAAAGGGGGGCCAGGAGAUGAGUGGAUGCAAGAACUUGAUGAGUUGUUUGGAAAUCCAUAGCACAUGGGGAUGUAUAGUUACAAACCUUUGUGGAGUGAAAAAAGGAAAGCAGGAUGUUGUCCAUCCUUGUUUCUUUGUUUUGUUUUUAAAGCUGUGCAAAGCAAGCUGAUUGGUGGCUGAUGGUGGAAGGCAUAGAUGGAAUGUAAAGCACUGAAGAGAAGGCCUUGCUGGUGUCAUCACAGCAGUCUUCACACCAUAGCACCUUGCUGCAAGUGGGAAUGAGACAAAGAGAGUGAGGGCUCCAAAAAUUGCUACUUUCUGCCCAUUGCCCAUGGGCCAUGGAAAAAGCUUGGUAGUCUCCCUGUGGCAAAGCACUAUCUGUCCCAUGACAAUACACUUUUCCACACAGUUCUACUGGAACUGUUGUAGCUUUCAGGACACAAAAGAGACAGGUGCUGAGACGAAGGAGGGUAGAGAGGUCAGUACACACACUAAACUCUGGUGUUAAGCAAAUAAGUUUCCAUGUAGUUAUGUGUUCAAUUGGAUAGGGGGUCAAGUGGGGGACUGCUUGAUUAUGGUUAUGACUGGACUUGGCCACAGAUUAAAGGGUCCAUUCAAUGUGCUAUCAAGUCUCCUUUUCGGUGCAGAGAAAGUCCUAGCUUAGGUAGUUUGCCUUUCCUGUGUUUUCUGUUUCCUCUAUAACUGAAUGAAUCUUGAUUCACUUUGUCAGUAAGGAUGAGGAAAAAUGCAGAGCUCUGGGACAGGCUAAGGCUGUGGUACACAUAUUGCUCACUGAGAUAGCAGCUACCAGAGACAGGGAUGCAAAAGAAAACAGGCAUUAAAAAGGGGGAGGCAUACGUCUUGGGAAUUUGCAAACAAUGGUGUCAAGCUUGGUCUUUUCCUGGCAGUUAAAGAGGAAUGGGUGUUACUUGUGUGGGGUUGGGUGUCACAGGCAGAUGUCCUUGGGAGUUAAGGAGGAACUGGUCUAAAGGUCACACAGAAAGGGGCCAAUAACUAUAUUGGCUGUCACACAUAGAAAGUGUCAAAACAUCAUUUGACAAAUUGGAAGCAAGUUUAUGCUUAACACUGUCCAAAUCCAUGUCCUCUUUUUCAGCCUUCCUACUUUGUACACAAUAACAGCAAGCUCUUUAUGAUGCCUAAACUAGUCAGUAACCAGUAGAAUAAGAAAGAGAUAUCUUCCAUUCAGGUAACUUCUGGCAGUAGUCGCACAUAAACUUCUAGCAUCCCAAAAGUCAUCUUCAAAGGGAACUGUGUAAGCCACAAUUUUGCAUGGCUAUAAUUGAACGACAGUGCUUUGGUUCUUGAGGAUUAAAAAACUGAGUUACUGAUGUUGGUGGGAAUUGAAUAUGUUACCAUUUUCCUGUGUUCUUGGACACAGACUUGGUAUUAAAUGGACCCACUUCUCAUGUCACUCUCAGCUUGUUUAUAUAGAAGCAUAGAAUAGUAGAGUUGGAAGGGGCCUAUAAAGGCAUCAUGUUCAACUUCCUGCUCAGUUCAACCUCCUGCAGGAAUCCAAGUAAAAGCAUACCUGAUAGGUGGCUGUCCAGCUGCCUCUUGAAUGCCUCCACUGUUGUAGAGUCCACCACCUCCAUAAGUAAUUGGUUCCAUUGUCAUGCUGCUCUUAGGAAGUUUUCCCUGAUAUUCAGCUGAAAUCUGGCUUCCUGUAACUUGAGCCCAUUAUUCUGUAUCCUGCACUCUGGGAUGAUCAAGAAGAGAUCCUGGCCCUCCUCUGUGUGACAGCCUUUCAAGUACUUGAAGAGUGCUAUCAUAUGUUACAAGCAAAUGUAUAACUAAUGAUACAUCCCCCUCCCCUAGCAAAUUCACUUCCAGAAGGAACAUUUUUGAGUCGAGAAGCAGCAGGGAGGGGAAAUUCAGCAGCCACCAUUUUUUCCCUGCUCUGUAGCACACCCCAGUUGCUUUCUUCUUCUCCUCUCUCCCCUUAUUUCAAAUGCAAGAGCUAACAUACAUUUGGAACUUCAUAAGAGGAAAGCAGCUUGCAGAAAAAGCUUAAUCACCACCCACACUUCACUUAAAACCACCUCCUUCAGAAGCUGCUUUUCCUGGAAAACAGGGCAGCAGGAAGCUUCAGGAUUCAGUUACACAUAUUUACAUGUAAUGUGUACUAAGGCCCUCAUUUGUUUUAACUGGAUUGCAAUGUGAUUUUAAAGCUCCCACAUACCUUCUUGUCACCUGUCUCACUGAAAUUAGCAGAAGAUUUUGUUGCCUUGUAUGAGAGUUGGGACAGAUCUACACCAUACAUUUGAAACACAUCCAAUGCACAUUUAAAUCACACAACCUUACCCCAAAGAAUCCUGUGAUUUCCCCCUCACAGAACUACACAUUCCCAGCAACCUUAAUAGAUUACAGUUCCCAUGAUUCUUUGAGGGUAGUCAUGUUCUUUAAAGUGUUGGAUGUUCUUUAAAUGUACGAUGCAGUGAGAUGUAGAGAACCACUUCAUGUAAUUUCCUGUUUGUGCUGAAAAAAAGGAUUGACCAAUGAGCUUGCACAUCUUUGGACUUGGCCUGUGGUGAACCAGUAGCUUGCUAAUAGAGAACUGUUUUGCCAUGCUCUCAGGGCACCAUGUGCCCAAGUCAACACUCAUUUUAGCAUCAGUGAAGAACUGUGGCCUGAGGAUCCAAAGAUGAUUUUUAUUCCACAAAUAUCCUGAACAUAAUUAGGUAUCGCUACAUCACCUAGGGAUGAGGACUGAAAGACAAAGAAAGGGGGUUAUGCUUGUCACAGAAAUAAGUUGAAGAUGGGAGAGGUGCAACCUCUUCCUUUGAAAAAUAUAAGAUAGGAACAAGUAUUUGUUUUCAUCAACCCUCUCAGGCAGCAUCACUCUUUGAAGGAAAGGGUGACAACAUGAAGACUAAGAAGUCGGGGUUUUGCACCGCGCAAAAUCUAAUGAGUAAUGAAAGUUAACAUUCAUCUUUAUCAGAAAAGUACAGGAAUUAUUAUUUGGUUUGAUGAUGAGGCCUAAAGAUCCAUUAUCUUUGAAAAGCUUCCUCCAAAUAUUUUAAACUGGGACCAAGUAAUAAAAAGUCAAACUUUAAUAUCUUGGGUUUUGGGGUGUUUUUAUUUUUGUUUCUGUUUUUUUUUUUUUUUUUUACUAUGGUGCUGAUGUAUAUGAAAUGUUAAAAAAAGAAUUAUUUGUAAAUAUGUUUUUACAAUCUUGCAGAUAUCACUGGGUGUGUUCUGUAAAAUAUAUACAUAUAAAUAAAUAUUAUAUAAAUAUAUAUAUAUAUAAUGUUUGUUUAAAAUAGAGUAUUUUUAUUUCAUUCUUUAACUCAUCCUCACUGCAGUGGUAUUGCACUUCAGAUGUCUAAUUACUAAUUUGUACUGUAUCCUUGCCAGCAAUUUGCUCCAUUUUAUCCAGAUUUUUCUAGUUUACUGUUUUUUACUUUGUACAUUGAACAUUGUUUAUUUCCUUUUGAGAACUGUACAGAGCUCUGGAAAAAUUGUAGAAAGGAACUA